AUGAAGGUGUCCUCCUGGUGGGAAAGCCUGGCACGGCUUGGCCUGCUCGCUAUCUUCACGUGGAGCUCCCUGGUCCAGGGGUGCGGGCCAGGCCCUGGGUACGGCAACCGCCCUAGGCCCAGGAAACUCACCCCCAUGCCUUACAAGACCUCCUUCCCCAAACUUUCAGAGAACAACCUAGGUGCCAGCGGGAGGGUGGAGGGCAAGAUCACACGUAACUCAGAACGCUUUAAUGAACUGGUGUGUAACUACAACACCGAUAUUAUCUUCAAAGAUGAGGAGAAAACCCUUGCUGACCGCUUCAUGACCAAGCGCUGUAAAGACUGCCUCAACAAACUAGCCAUAGCGGUGAUGAACCACUGGCCUGGGACGAAGCUGAGGGUGACAGAGGCCUGGGAUGAGGACGGCCAUCACCCCCCUGACUCUCUUCAUUAUGAGGGACGGGCUGUGGACAUCACCACGUCAGACCGCAUCCCAGACAAGUACGGCAUGCUUGCCCAGCUGGCUGUGGAGGCUGGCUUUGACUUUGUGUACUAUGAGUCCAAGUACCAUGUGCACUGCUCUGUCAAAGCUGAUCACUCUGUGGCGGUGGAGAAGGGGGGCUGUUUCCCAGGCUGGGCCCGGGUGACCUUGGCCGGAGGGGGACAGAAGACCCUGGCCUCCCUGGGGCCUGGAGACAGAGUGUUGGCCCUGUCUGGGUCAGGACACAUCGUCCUCAGCCGCGUCCUUCUAUUCCUACACCAAGACCAUGAGAGCAGGUCCACUUUCCUGGUCCUGGCCACAAAAGAUGGCCGCCGCCUAGCCCUCACUCCCCACCACCUGGUCUUCCUCGCACCCCAUCACAAACUCCACUACAGUGAGUACAAGGCUCAGUUUGCCAGUAGAGCCAAACCGGGGGACUAUGUACUCGUCCAUGGAGCGGACGGCCGAGUACAACCAUCCAGGAUCACAUCUGUAUCGCAGGAGGAAGGGAUGGGUGUAUACGCACCCUUGACAGAACACGGCACUCUGUUUGUGGAUGGGGUGCUGGCAUCCAGCUAUGCACUUAUAGAGGACCAUAGACUGGCACACUGGGCGUUUGGGCCUCUGAGACUGCUGCUGUCAUUCACCCAGCUGGUUAGGGGGGAGGGCACACUGGGAGCGCAGGUCACAGAGGCAGAGAGAGAGCACACGAAGAAGCCCACUCACUGCAACACUCAACACAUUUGUGUGAAUCAGACACUCAGCAGCCCAGGCGUGUAUGUGAAUACAAACACUUCAGACAGACAAAGCAGUUGGGCUGCUGUACCCAUAAACAGAGACAUUGAGGGGGGACACUGUGACUCUGUGCGAGAAAAGGUUUUGAGUGUGCACUGGUAUGCUAGGCUGCUACACAGGCUUGGACAGUUCUUUCUAGACCCAAAGACAUUUCAUCAUUAGGUUAAAGGCACUAUAGGUUCAACUCUGGUGCCUGUAUACUACUGAUAAUUGCUACUGUACUGUUACAUUUCCAGUGUCCUACUGAUAAUUGCUACUGUACUGUUACAUUUCCACAGUGUCCUAUAGAUAAUUGCUACUGUACUGUUACAUUUCCACAGUGUCCUACUGAUAAUUGCUACUGUAAUGUAACAUUUCCACAGUGUCCUACAGAUAAUUGCUACUGUACUGUUACAUUUCCACAGUGUCCUACUGAUAAUUGCUACUGUACUGUAACAUUUCCACAGUGUCCUACAGAUAAUUGCUACUGUAACAUUUCCACAGUGUCCUACAGAUAAUUGCUACUGUACUGUUACAUUUCCACAGUGUCCUAUAGAUAGGGGGCGGCAGGUAGCCUAGUGGUUAGGGAGUUGGGCCAG